AUGUCGGAGGUGGAGGAGGACCCCGCCCAGCUCCUGGCGGUGCUCGCCACGCGCAAGGCCGACUGGGCGGCCACCCCUCUGGAGGACAAGUACCAGGCAGCCCUCGAGAUUCGCAGUCGGGUCCUGGAGGCAGCCUCCCGCUGGUCCAGGGUCGCCGCACACACCCGCGGCUGCUCCAAGGAGGCCGUGGCGGCCCAGGAGCUGCCGCUGAUGCUGGUCCCCCUGGCCAAUUACCUGGACAACCUGCUGACUUGGUUCUCCCUGCUGGGCUGGAGCACGUCCACGGAGGUGACCCUGGCCAGCGCUUCGCAGGGCGCCCAGCUGCGCGCCGCCUCCCCCGCCGUCGCCGUCGUGCGCAGCGUCGGGUACGCGCCGGUGGAGUCGCUGGCCGCCGCGCUGCACCUGGCCUUCGUCUCCGGCGCGGUGGUGGGCCUGGUGCUCCCCGCCUGGCAGGCCCCACUCCAGCUGGUCAUGGAGUACAUCAUGGAUCCACUGGCGCGCGGCGCCUUCUUCGCCACCCUGCUGGCUGCCGACGACGCGGAGGCCACGGCGCUGACCUCCAGCCCCGCCAUCGACCGCCUGCACCUGGUGGGCUUCACGCCCGACGACUUUGGCGCCCUGGCCGAGGCGGCGGGCGGCGCCGACGCCCUGCCCCCGCUCGUCUCGGGGGAAGUGCACGGCCCCGCGCCCUGGAUCGUGGCGCCAGGCCCGUGGACCCAGGCCCAGCUGGCGCACCACAGCCAGGUGCUGGCCGAGGCCGCCGCGUACGCGGGCGGGGCCUCGCCAUACGCCGCGCGCCUGGUCCUGCUCCCCACCGCCUGGGAGCAGGCCGACGCCUUUGUCGACCUGGUCAGGGGGGAGCUGGCGGGGUACAAGCUGCCCGCGGCGGUGGACCCGGGCGUGGCGCAGCGCCACGCCGACUUCCGCCGCCACUACCCUGACGCGUUCGUGUCGGGGGCGGGGCCGCGCAACGACUUGAUCCCGGGUGUGGGGCCGUGCCCUCCCUGGGUGGUCAACGUGCUGGAGGCCUACCCCGACGACCCCGCCUCGGAGCCCGCCUUCCAGACCGACCCCCGGGGCCCUGUCCUCACCAUCAUCGCCACCGACGCCGGCAGUGAGGAGGAGCUACUCAUCAGCUUUCUGGACAGGGCGGUGCGUGCCGUGAACGAGGACGUGCAGGGCAGCUUUGGCAUGACCCUGGUCGCGCACGGUGCCACCCAGAAGCGGUACGCAGCGCAGCUCGACGCCGCGCUGGCGGCCGUGAGGUACGGCGUGGUCGUGGUCAACGCCAACCUGGGCCUGGGCCUGUGGUCCGCCCAGACGCACUGGGGCGUGCACGGUGGCGCGGCGGAGGUCGCCCCCGGCCGCACCCUGCGCCUGGGCAGCACCCAGAACAGCCUGCUGUAUGACGAGGGGGUGAAGGGGGUAGUGCGCUUCCCCUUCGAGACUUACCUCCACAUCCUCCCACCGGAGUACCGCUCCAUCACCAUGCGUGCCUCCCGCCAGCUGGCAGUGGGCAUCGUGGACGGCAUGCGUGGGUUCCUCAGGGGACUCAAGGACAAGAGCUGGGCGCCACCCGUCACCGUGGGGGAAGGCUCGGGGGGCGUGGUCGCCUGA